CAAGCAGCAGCAGCAGCCGCAGUGCCGGCGCUUGGAGUGCACCCAGGCUGCUGCAGGGUGCUGGAGAGGCUCCAGGCAGCAGCCGUGUCAGCGGCACCCAGUGCUCCCUGCUGCACCCGACGCUGCGGGGGCUCGGCCGCCGAAGAGGAGGCGGGGUGCCACUGCCCUCGCCGCCCCCCAGACAUGGUGGGGCACCUGCACCUGCAGGGCAUGGAUGACAGCCUCAAGGACAAGAGCCGUGACGGCUUGCUGGACAGUCCCGACUCGGGGCUGCCCCCCAGCCCCAGCCCUCCCUUCUACUCCCUGUCUCCGGGGCUGGCUGGACCGGGCACCGACCAGCUGGGCCAUGGGCACAGGAAGGAGGCUAAGGAAGGCCGAGUGAUCCCCUACCUACUUCUGAACUCCUCCGUGCCAGAGAUGAGGCCUCGAAUGUACCCAGUGUUUUUUGGAGAAAGCAUUGAGGUCAACCCUGAACCCAUACAGGAAAUCAGGUGCAACUCCGAGGUGAAAUACGACUCCGAGAAGCACUACAGGGAUGACAUCUUCUACAGUCCCAUCCCCACCGUCACCACCUACAGCGAGACGGUCAUUGCCGCCCCCAACUGCACCUGGAGGAACUACAAGUCCCAGCUGAACUUCGAGCCCCGGCAGAAGCCUCUGCGGUUCCAGAGCACGACCAUCAUCUUCCCCAAGCGCGCCAAGAACAUUUACCGGACCACCCUCAACUACAGCCUGGGCUGUGCCAAGCGGUGGUUUGCCUCCAGCGUGCAGCUGGAGCUCUGCGAGGAAACAAGCCCUUGUGUCAUCUACAGCGAGAGCCUUUAAUCCGCCAGUGGGGAGCUGUGACCACAGCGAGGCCACGUCCUUCCCUGGGAUCUCCUCGGACAGACAGGCUUGGCCCAGAGCCCUCCCCAAUGGCACCUGAGUACAGGUGGCGAGGGCCGUAUGGUCUUGGACAAGUGCAAACGGCUCAGAGAGGAGGCUUCCACGGGCACUCUCUCCAUCCUGCCACCUGUGAACAGCCGGCUUUCAUUUCGUGACACUGUUGAUGUUCAUGCUCUGGAUUUUAUUUUCUAAUUUUUUUUUAAGCCUUUCUAUUUUGAAUAGCAUUUACGUGAAAGCAGAUAAUCGAGGGCCCCUAAUUUACGCAGUUGCCAAAUGUUAUAGUGCUGCUUCCUAGCUCCAUGAGUUUCUCGCUGGUGCCUAGGUGAGACUCGGUAUCGCCGAUUCGGUGCGAUCGGAGAAAAUCAGAGGCACCCUCCAGCCUUCACAGUCGUCUCCCAGCUGCUUGGAGGUUGUCAUUGCUUUGAUAGGUUGGCAUAAAACAUCCAUCCUGUUCUAACCCCCUUUCUGGAUAACGGCUGCAAUACUGUGUCACUGCAAUGACCUUGACUUUAACUUAUUUCUUCUUUAUUUUUAUUUUUUUUUUUAAUUAUUGUAAGAAAAGGAGAGAUGAUCAUGGAAAUAUGGCAUCCACCUUCCUAGCUGGGAAAAGUGCCAAACUCCCAUCUGAGGCCCUUCUUAGGAGUCUGAUGUUUACAUGUCAUAACAAAAUACUGUAUAAUAGGCUUGCAGAGAGCUCUCUCUGGGGGGAGGUUUGCAUCCUCGGGCGGACACCGCCCAAGGGAUAGGGUGAAAAGCUCAUUUUACAGGAAUAAAAGACACACGGGGAGAAGAGACCUCUCUAAAGUUUAUCCUAAUCUUACAUUAGGAUGGCUUAUGACAAUCAUGUUACAUAGAUGCAGGAGCAAGGCCAGUUCCUUUAGGACCAAACACCAGGUUUUGUUGUGCGAGACAAUAAAGUCAAUAGGAGGAGCCGAACUCUUACGCUAGGAAGUACAGGGUUUCCAAGCUAAAGCUUGACAAUGCGAUAGAUGUUUCCCAAAGGCAAUGGGCAAUGGGGCUGUUCCCCCCGUCAGCCUGCUGACUCUGGUAGCAGUAUGCCAGGACCAUAAUUCACACAAGGACUUCCCCUCCCUCUCUCCACCUCCCUGUCCCCUUCCACUCUUGUCCAAGUUGAUGGUUUACCCUUCGGGUGAACUGGUUGACUACAGCUGCAUUAAAUGCCAGGAUGUGCAACAUUAACAAAUCACGGACUUGCCAGAACCAGCCUGAAGCCCCCAACCCAACCAGCCCCGUAACACGCAGGCUCUUUGAGAGCCGUUGCUAGCAGAUGCUAUAAUUGCAUUUGACAGCAUCUCCUUAUCACCCCGGCCCUGGGGCAAGCUCUAUUCAACUGCAUGGAUGUAACUCUGCUGACACCACACACAUGCACACACACGUGUGCACACACAAACAGAGCCUCCUUCACUAGGGAUGGAUUUGAUCCUUUCAGUGUUUAUUUUUGAUGGGGUAAAGCUAGGGAUGCUAGAUAAGCUGACUUGGGUAUUUUCGUUUAAAGACAAGCUGGAGAGAGACCACUUUCCCUUGUGUCUGACAACCUGCUUCGUGACUUGAAUUGAUGUUCACAUUGAAAGAGAGCUAGCAAAGAGUAGCAGCCCUUUGGGGCUACCGUGUUGUAUAACAAGGCUCUCUUCCCCGCCGUGCUAUUGCGAAUACCGUACGUGCCUUCCCCAUGGCAGCUCUCCUGCGGCAAUCGAGUAUUAGCUGCUUUAGUUUCCCUAGGGAGGUGACAAAUGACAGUGGGGCAGGGACCCUGCACACGAAAGGAAUUAAGGAAAUUGUGCACACCGCUGUGAACCAGGAUUCUCCAUAUCACCACCCUCAACGCCUCCUCAAUGCACAUUCAGGGAACGUCAGGGAGCGAUAAAACUCCAUGAAUGGAAAGCCUGAAACACAACAUCAGUGCAGAUGGGAAAGAAAGCAGUACACGAUCCCAAAGCGGUUGCUGCUAUCUGAACACAGGCCAAUACAGCUGGGAUUUUCAAAGGAGCCCAGAGGAACAGGACGGCUAACUCACUACAUUUCAGAGGGAUUUAGACACCGAGAGCAAGAUUUUCAAAAUGCACCUUAAAUCCCAUUUUUCAGAAGCAACUUAGGUCCAGACAAUCAAAGGUAUUUAGAGGCCUCAUUCUGAUUGAUUUCAAUCCCCAAAGGUAUCCAAACACUUGAGACUUAGGCACCUAGAUUCCUUGGAAAAUCUGGGCCUCAGGAACUUCUGUCUUCAAGUGAGACUGCUUUAAACAACUGCACGUAUGUCCUUGUUAUAGGGGUAACCCGGGUGUCUGGCACCUAGGUUAGUCUAGCAUGCGUGUGGGCAGCCAUGGCAGGGUUAGGGACAACCCAGGUGUCCAAAACAGCCCACGCAAACUCUGUGGUGGAGAUGCAUGUUUUAAGUUUUGCAGGAGCUUCCAAAGAGGAGAUGGAGGGACAAGUUGACUUUAUGGAUCAGCUGCUCUAGUCCUUGUGAUCUGAAGGGGAACCUGAAAGUCUUUGGAGUCUUGGGUCCUGCGGUGACUGGAAGUCGACUCCUUCCUCCCUACUGAAGGUAGCAGCCAGAUCUACCUAGCCCCUACAAGGCUGCACACAUUUGGACAACUGGCCUGCUUCCCCUUGCUGGUCUUAGGCUGCAAUAGUGAGGUGCAAGGGGAGCGAGGAGCUGCAUUUCAGUCUUCUCUCCUCUUGGUUUCGAAGGACAGUGCCAGGGUGUAGAGAACAAACAGGAUGGGAAUCUCUCUGACCCCGCAGAGCCAUGGCUUUGCUUCCAGGACUCCUGCCAGGUGGUCAUAACACAAGUCACGCUUCACUGCAGCUGUGAGCAUAAAACUCUCUCCCCAUCGUGGGAUUAAGCUGUUGCACAGGGCACCCAGGCUUUACCGGGCCACAGCCAGCCUGCCUGGGCUUCCUCCUUUUACUCUAUAAGAAAUCUGCUUUGCAACAUGAAAAUGGGGAGGGUAUGGUUGGGAGGGCCCUGGAAGUCACCUAGUCCAACCAGCAAGUGCCAGAACAACCAUCACCUUUGGACCUCCACCUGGGUUGCUACCCACGUGUGUCAGCCUCAUAGUUAGAAUGGGGCAGGCUCCCGGGAGUGUUAAAGCUGGGGAAGGAAAGGCACCUUCACAACCCCUGAGCCCCUAGCCAGCACCUUGCAGGGCCUGUGCUCCCAAAAGGGGGAGGAAAAGGCGAGGCUGGCUUGCGUGGAAGGGGAAUGCACAUUGCAUGGUCUCCGUGGGUGGUUAAGUGGAUGCACGCCUCUCCCACCUCCUCUCCUGGAGCAUCCCCCUGGCAUUAUCCCCUCCCCACAGGCACAGAGGCUCCUGGAGCUCCUGGUUGGGUGGCGCAGCUCACCCUUGCUGGGCCAGGCAUUGCCCCUCAGGUAUUUAAGAGCACACACGUCGUGGUUCGUGGGACUGUCCCAGGGGACCAGCCCACCAUGCGGUCUCCUUGUCCUUGCAGAACUCCAGGCUUAGUCCCGUCCUGAAUGCAGUUUUCAUUCUGUUUGUCCAAAGCCCAGGCAGGAUCCUCAUCUUACCAAGGUCCCUAUGAGCCCACACCUGUCAGGCACAAGAGACCUGCAGCAAUAACACUCCCCCUGAGUUUCAUUGUCCUUCCAGUCCCACCAGCUGAGCUGUUUGCUGCGCAAACACUGAAACCUGCAUUCAGAAGACCGAGCCUAUUUGAAAGAACUGACCGCACAUGCCCUUGCUUGGAGCUCCAGCAAUUCGCACUACUUUGCUUUUUCUUAAAAAUGUGCUGAGAUGGUUUCUCACCUGCCAAACCUUGUGACAAGCAGCAUUUGCCUGGGUCCUGUGCACAGGUCAGCACUGGCGGCUGCAGAACGGUUUGCCUUGCUCAUGUUGACAGCAAAUGGCCCAGAGUUUCAAUUGCAAUUAGCCUGGAGGGGGUGAGUGAGCAUGCCAGGGAGACUGUAGUAUGAAGCCAGUGUUGCUGGGUGCCCAGAGACCUGAAAAAGAAAAUAUGCAGAGUCUCAACUACAGCGCAUUUGAAUGAAGAGGCUGUAACAUCGGAGACGAGAUGAACUGGACAACGAUCCUACAGAUUGGCACAAGUGGAUCUAAAAGCCAAAACUCAGAACUAGAUAUUGCCAAGUGCCUUAUAAUUGUACAGGGGUAUUUUAAAUACCUUCCAGCACCUUCUGCCUCCCUGGACGAGAUGCCUUGCUUCUUUGAAACCUGGCACUGGGAUGGGAGGUUUCCCCUGCAAGAUUAGACACUCUCUGUCUUCUACUUGCAGUCAUUUAUCUGCUACUUGUUUUCAAGCAGGAGUGAUCAGGGAGGCGCCAAAGCACAAUUUGGGGGGUAACUUGUUUCGUUCCUCAUGCAGCUCCGUGCUAACGUACAAAUUCCCAUCCAGGUAACUGGAUGUGCCAACGGUCCUCAUGCCACAGCCGAGCGCCGUGAGCUGAUGGGCCUGCAGAGUUGGCUGCACUGAGAAGCUGCCUGGUUGUGCAAAGGUGUGAUGUUUUUGGUAGCAGCAAGAGCACGGUGCAUCCUCAAGCAGCGACAAUCUACAGGCUCACUCUCCUCUUACCUGGGUUUGAUACCCAUUAGCUUUGGCUGCUGUGCCAAGGCUUGGAGGAGGCUCCUUUUGAGUUCCCGGGGAUGUUCCCUGCAGGAAUGGGCUUUCAAAGCAGCAGGAUGAUGCCCAGGGAAAUCGGGCAACAAGCCGCUGCGGUUUCAGCAGGGGUCACAGCCGGUGGGAUGGCAGCCACGUUUGCGUGUCUGCUGUUUCAGGUCUCUCGUUUAAAGCAAUGUCACUGAUGCAGCAGACGUGCUUAAAGCGGCCUCUCGCUCGCUGCGGCUUUAUCCGUGUCAGGCACAGCAGGAUGUACCCACCUGUGCUAGAAAGGGUUAGUUGUGUUUGGUUUCAAAUUGAUAUAGUGAGGCAUUUAUACACGGUCCAGCCCAAAUCCUGUGAGAACCGCUGCCUUCUCCUGGGUGAAAGCCCAGCUUUUAUUUUGUUUCCAAGUCAGCAAACCAAUCUCCAACACGUUUGCAAUAGCCAGGAGCUGCCAUUUCUUGCCUCCUUGCACAGUACUUCUUAUCCAUUUGUUAACUGAACCCCUGUGACCAAUGUAUAUGUUGCCAGAAGCCAGCAGAGCUGCGAGCGUUGCUUCUUUUGUGGUUUGGAAGACAAAAAUUCGAGCUCCCCCCCGCCCCCAAACACCAGAAAAGUGGAAUUUAGGUUUGGCACUGCAGUUAGAAAAAGCUAAAUCCUAUUCAACGAAGCCUUCCCAGCAGCAAAUAAAUGGUCUAUUUGUAGCACAUUUUGUACAUUUAAAGGGACCGUUUGUCCCAUUUUACGGAUAUCACUAUUUUUUUUUUAAAGCAUUUUAUUAAUUUUAAACAACCGAUGUUGAUACAUUAAUUUUUUCCUGAAUUGCAGACAACUGAAAAUAAGCAAAUGUUGCUUUAAAAAAAAUUGUAUUCCUCUGAGUACUGAGAUGCGAUGUCAUGCGGUCCAAGUUGUUGACUCGUCUGUUUUAGUUAAAAAUCGUCAUUUAAAAUGUGCCCCUCUCCCUCGUGCAUAUAGUUUUCCUUCUCCAAACCAGCGACUUUCGCAAAACACUUCUGAAGGUUUCAAAUUGGUUGAUUUUUUUUUUUAAUAUCAAAACCAGGAAUUUUGAAACAUCGAUAGUUUGACAUACGGAAGCGGCUUCCUUUUCUCCCCGUCUAUUUGUUUUAUUAGAUUUCAGUGGUCCCCGGGGGUAAAAGAAGCGAAGCCCAGACCGAGCCUUUUCUGGCUGUCACAAUUCCUUUUGGCUCUUUGCAAUGUUGCAAAAAAGGAUGAAGGAAGGAGCAUUGUGGGUGUCUCAGUCUGGCAAAAAACGGGAAAACUAAGCGCUAAAAUGUCUACAUUUUUCAAUUCAACAUUUUCAAAAAUGAUUUUGAUUAAAAAAAAAUUGAAAACCAAAAAGACAAAACCAAUUCAGAACAGAAAUGACUUGGGCAUUUUUUUUUUUAAACCAACCUGCUUUUUACCCAGCUCUGUCUAGGAGCUUUUUCCAAGCAGGGGUUAUUCCAAACCUGUGAACUAAGGGAUAGGAUUUGAUAGCAGCGUUUCAGUGAGCUGGGGCACAGGCAUAUGUGUGCUAUUCACUGCUUAUAUGGACUGAGUCUUGCUAGUAUAUAUGUCAUUGGAAAAAGACAGCUAAAGGGGAAAUCAGAAAACCAAAAAACCAAAAAAAACACACCAAAGAAAAGCGAACCGCAGACUUGAAGAAAUGUGAAUCUGAGCUGUAAGUUAGCAAGUCUGUAGGCAAACAUUGCAAACUAGGAUCGUUGGCAUUGGACUCGGUGCCUGACAUUCAUAGUUUCAGACUAGUUUGGGGCUGGAAGGGACCUUACAGCUCAUCGGGUCCAGCCCCCUUGCAUGGGCAGGAAAGACCGCCGGGAUCAGAUGACCCCAGCAAGAUGGGCGUCGAGACGGAAGGGCAAAUUCUCCUUUCUGAGGGGGCUAAAAUAAACCGAGAAACAAACGCCAACCCUUACCCCCAUUCAGCCUCAAUGCGAGUCACCACAUUUGUCUUGCAAAGGUGAGCACCAGCAGCAGCGUGUCUUUGAAGAGCCAGUUACACACCUCUCAGAGCUGCGUGGAAGGGCUCCGGUGUGCCCGGGCUCAGAGUCCAGGUGACUGCGGGUGGGGUUGUCUUAUGGUCUCCCCGUCUCAAAUUAACUCAGCUCCUGCUGCGGUCAGAGACCCCCCCUGCCCCUACUGACAUCACGGGGAGCACCGUUCAACAAGUGCAGCUCAUUUCCAAAUGCCCCAACCAACCCCCGCGCAGACAAACCAUUUCACGGUGUCAGAGUCCCCGGCUUACCUUCCCUGGCCCAAAGGCGAAUGCAUGCAUCAACACAAGAAACCAAGGUAUUCUGUUGUGCAAACUGAGAGCUGAAGAGGAAACGGAAAGAUGCUCAAGGGUGAGAGAAGUGGGGAAAAGAAAUGGUCAGCGGCUCCUCUUUCUGGAUGUGUCAUAUUUUUAUUUUUAUAAUUUCAGUCCUCUGUGUGCUUGUACAGACCUGUCCUGGUGUAUAUGUGGUGAUCCGGUACUUCACAAUACCCUUUUAUUUUUGUAGAUUGUUUUCCCUCUCCAUAAUAAUCCCUUCCUCUGCGCGACUCAUAGAAAAUAAUUUAAGAAACAAAUUUCUAUAUCGGAAUAAAGUGGACAAAUCAGA